AUGGGUCUCCUGACGCAGUUCACCCUGCUCCUGUGGAAGAACUUCACUCUUCGGAAGAGACAAAAGGUGCGGCUGGUAAUCGAGGUGUUAUGGCCUCUCUUUCUCUUCUUCAUCCUGGUGUGGGUGCGGUCCACCAAUGAGCCGAUGUACAAAGGCCAAUGUCAUUAUCCAAAUAAAGCCAUGCCUUCGGCUGGUGUGCUGCCUUGGCUCCAAGGCAUGAUGUGUAACAUUGACAACCCUUGUCUGAGCAACCCGACGCUGGGAGAGACACCGGGACAGGUGAACAACUUCAACAACUCCAUAAUUGCUGGGAUAUUAAUUGAGCUGCAGAUUCUGCUGGUGAACAGAUCUAUUCUCACCAAGAUACAGCUGCUGGCAGAUGACGUAGACCAGUGGGCCUCUCUCCUUUCACAAUCCAACCCCGUGAAUAGUCAACCUGUGCCUCUAAGGAGUAUAUUGCACGACAAUGAAUCAUUCUCUGCAUUUCUGAGAGAGAACUUGUCCAUGCCACCUGCGGUUGUCCAAAGUCUGAUGACUGCAAACGUCCACCUCACUCCGAUGAUGGGCGUCCCAAGGCCAGGCACCCUGCGAAGCAUUGUGUGUGAGGGGACAAAUCAACAUGAAUAUAUUCAGUUCAGCAGCCCGGCUGAAAAGAAGGCCUUUCAAAAUGUCACCUGCGCACUCAGUCCACAGCAACUGGCAAACAGCCGGCAAGUUGUACUGCAAAACCUUGAUGCAACAAAAGUGCUCAAUAAGCUUCCUUCAUCUCUGGAUCUGAACCCGGCCGACAUGGCCCAGCUGCUGGGGAAAACCACCGCUCAUGCGGUACUGGUGGUUGAGGAGCUGACAAAACUCCGGGCGUCGAUGCUCUUCAAGUCAGCCAGUGUGUUGGAUUUCCAAGAGGACAUGAUUGGCAGUAUCAAUACGUUGCUCUGUGGGAAGGAAUCUGACUUCAAUUCCACCAACACGACCCUCCAUUUACUGACCUCUAGACAAGUGGAGAACAACAAGUCAGUGUCUGGCGUGAACAACAAUUCCAGCGCCUUCUGCCAGACUCUCAUUGACACCCUGGAGGGCACACCUGGUCUGCGCUUCAUUUGGAGCACCUUCAGGCCUUUACUGCAAGGAAAGGUCCUCUACACACCCGACACAGAUGCUGCUCGACUAAUGGUCAAAGAGGCAAAUAGGACAUUUAGUGCUCUGGCUACAUUGAGAGAGCUUGCUGAGUCUUGGAAUGAGCUCGGGCCACGUGUGUGGGACUUCUUUCAAAAUGGCCGCCAAGUCAAUACUCUUCGGGCGUUGCUGGCAAAUCCACUCUUUGCUGCUGCUCUCAACCAGCGGCUCAAUGGCACAAAAUGGACAGCUGAACUGCUGGCCAACUUCCUCUACAAUGGACCCCCGGAAGACCGCCCGGCGGGGUUACCGCCCUAUGACUGGCGGGACGUGUACAACGCCACAACGCAAGUGCUGGAGCUGCUCUCGAAGUUUCUUGGGUGUUUGGACCUGAAUAAGUUCGAGGCUGCCCCAACAGAGGGACAUCUGGUGAGCAAAGCCUUGCAGCUCCUGAAGAGUGAUAAAUACUGGGCCGGCGUUGUCUUUGAAAACCUCCAGCCAAACGCCAGCCGCCCCCCUCCUUAUGUCAAGUAUAAAAUCCGCAUGGACAUCGAUGAGGUGGAGCGUACCAAUAAGUUGAAAGAGAGGUUGUGGUCCCCCGGGGCACGGGACAACGCCUUCAACGACCUGCGCUAUCUGUGGGGAGGCUUUGCAUAUCUGCAGGACAUGAUUGACCACGGCAUUAUACGAGCGCACACGUCCAAGGCUCAGCCUCUCGGCGUUUUUGCCCAGCAGAUGCCAUACCCUUGCUACGUGGAUGACGCCUUCAUCCAGAGUAUCGGAGGCAUCCUACCCAUGUUCCUGGUGCUUGCCUUCAUGUAUACUGUCUGCAUGACCAUUAAAGGCCUGGUGCUGGAGAAGGAACUCAGGCUGAAGGAAGUCCUGCGUGCCGUCGGUGUUCAGAACAGCGCCCUGUGGUUUGCAUGGUUCACGGAGAACUUGGUUCUGCUCACUGUUCCGUGUGCACUCAUAAGUGUCAUGGUUAAGUAUGGGAAAGUGCUGCAGUAUAGCGACCCCUCUGUAAUCUUCGUCUUCCUGCUGGUGUUUUGCGUGAGCACCAUCACACAGUGCUUCUUCAUCAGCGUCUUCUUUUCCAAGGCCAACCUGGCGGCAGCGUGUGGCGGUCUCAUCUAUUUUGUCCUCUACUUGCCGCAUGUCCUCUGCUACGCCUGGAGGGACGUCAUGGUUUUCGGGGCCAAGGUUGCUGUGAGUUUACUGUCAUGUGUGGCUUUUGGCUACGGCUGUGAGAACUUCUCCAAGUAUGAGGAGCAAGGCAUAGGAAUUCAGUGGUACAACAUUGGCGUGAGUCCAGAAGAAGGAGACCACUACAGCUUCAUCGUGUCCAUCAUUAUGAUGCUCUUUGAUGCCUUUUUGUACUGGCUGCUCACCUGGUACACUGAGAACGUCUUCCCAGGCCAGUACGGGAUCCCCAAGCCAUGGUACUUCCCAUUUACUGCUACUUAUUGGUGUGGGACUGUCUCGGCGACUGACGUUGAUCCCAAUUUCCUUAAAGAUGCCUGUGUAUACAAUGAGUACCUUGAGAGGCCACCACCUGAUCUGAAGGCGGGGGUCUCCGUCAGGAACCUUGUUAAAACCUACAAAACUGGGAAGAAGUUGGCUGUGGAUGGGCUGAGUAUCGACUUCUAUGAAAAUCAGAUCACAUCAUUUUUGGGCCAUAAUGGAGCUGGAAAAACAACCACCAUGUCAAUUCUGACAGGACUCUUCCCACCUACAUCAGGAACCGCCCUAAUAAAUGGAUGUGACAUCCACACUGAAAUGGAGAACAUUCGGAAGCAUCUGGGAAUGUGCCCACAACACAAUGUCUUAUUUAAUGAGCUGACAGUGGAGGAGCACAUCUACUUCUACGCCAGGCUGAAGGGAUGUAGCUGUGACCAGUUGAAAAUUGAGAUGGAGCAGAUGAUUAAGGAUGUUGGUCUUCCACAUAAAAGGAAGGACCUUGCCAAAAACCUGUCAGGGGGAAUGCAGAGGAAGCUGUCAGUGGCCAUUGCGUUUGUAGGUGGCUCCAAAAUCGUCAUCUUGGAUGAACCCACAGCGGGGGUUGACCCUUACGCCCGCAGGGGUAUCUGGGAGCUGCUUCUAAAGUACAAACCAGGCCGCACAAUCAUCCUCUCCACACACCACAUGGAUGAGGCAGACAUCUUAGGUGACCGCAUUGCCAUUAUCUCCAGCGGGAAGCUGCGCUGCUGUGGUACUUCCUUGUUCCUGAAGAAGUGUUUUGGCAGUGGCUACUACCUCACUCUGGUCAGAGGCGGCGAGCAAAAGAUGUCCGUGCAACGCGGCGGCUUUCCGCAGAGUCAGCCUAAAGAGGAAGAGGACAAUUCAUCAAGGAGCUGCCGCCCAGAUGAUGGUAUUGGCAGCCAAAACUGGAGUAGCCCUGACCCUUCAGGUAUGACGGCGCUUGGUAACCUGGUGCGACGACACAUUCCUGAGGCGAUGUUUCUGGAGAGCAUAGGCCAGGAGAUCACAUACAUACUGCCCUACGGCGGGGCCAAAGACGGGACCUUCGCUUCACUCUUCAAAGAGCUGGACAUCGAGAUGGCCGACCUUGGUCUCACCAGCUAUGGAAUCUCUGACACCACACUGGAGGAGAUAUUUCUAAAAGUGGCAGAGGACACCGGAGUGGAUGUAGAAGUGGCAGGGACAAGCGAGCCGUCGGCGAGGGGCUGGAAAAGAAGCUCCCGCGAAUCCAAGCGGAAUGGCAUUGCCAGUGUCCGGACAGAUUCAGAACAAGCCCUUGGGACCAGUGCGAUAAAGGGGAAGUUCACAAGAAAAGUGGAAGAUUCAAAGAGGCUCGCCAGCGUGGGCGGGCGGGGAUCCACAGUGAUCACCGGACAAGAGCUGAUCGGGAGGCAGUUCUCGGCGCUGCUCAUCAAGCGCUUCCACCACGCUCGGAGGAGCCGCAAGGGACUCAUUGCCCAGGUGGUCUUGCCUGCCGUCUUCGUGUGCCUGUCUCUCAUCUUCUCGCUCAUUGUCCCACCGUUCUCCGAGUAUCCGAGUCUUGAGCUGCAACCUUGGAUGUACGGCGUUCCCCAGACCACCUUCUACAGCAAUGACAGGCCAGAUAAUGCGGAGGUGUCUCGCGUGGUGGAAUCCCUGGUGAACAAGCCUGGCUUUGGAACUCGCUGCAUGACCGGAGACCCCAUACCGAAACUUCCGUGUGCCUCCAGCGCAUCUGAUUGGUUAACUCCGUCAGUAGACUCAUCAGUCAGCGACAUCUUCCUCAAUGGGAACUGGAGCAUGUCCAACCCUUCCCCUGCUUGUCAGUGCAGUACACCUAAACGAACAAUCAUGCUACCUGACUGUCCACCUGGAGCUGGAGGUCUUCCUCCUCGUCAGAGGAUCCAGAAGACAACAGACACACUGCUUGAUCUAACUGGACGAAACAUGACAGAUUUCUUAGUCAAGACCUAUGAACACUUGGGCAAAACCAGGUAUGGAGGGAUCUCUGUUGGCGGGGAGAAUUCCCAAGUCCGUCUGACGAAGGCAGAUAUCGAUGCUUUAUUCGUGGAUCUAAGGAGCUUAUUCACCUCAUCCCAGGAUAAUGUGACCGAUCAGAUUCUGAGGAACUCUGAGACCCUGCUGAAGGAGCUGGGCACCAAGGAGAACGUAAAGGUGUGGUUCUACAACCAGGCAUGGCAUGCAGUCCUGUCCUUCCUCAGUGUGGCUAAUAACGCUGUUCUGAGGGGCAACCUGCCGGCAGGCCAGGAUCCCCGCCAGUAUGGCAUCUCCGUCUCCAGCCAUCCACUCAACCUCACCAAGGAGCAGCUGUCAUAUAUGGCCCUGGCCACAACCUCUACAGACUUGGUGGUGUCCAUCUGUGUUAUUUUUGCCAUGUCCUUCAUCCCCGCCAGUUUCGUCCUCUUCCUCAUCCAGGAGCGAGUUAACAAAGCCAAGCAUCUGCAGUUUGUCAGCGGUGUCAAUCCAGCUGUCUACUGGGUGGCCAACUUUGCUUGGGACAUGUGUAACUACAUCGUCCCGUGUUUGAUUGUGAUCGUGAUCUUCCUCUGCUUCCAACAAAAAGCCUACGUCUCCCCUCCGAACCUGCCGGCUUUGGUUCUGCUGCUUGUGAUGUACGGGUGGUCCAUCACUCCGAUGAUGUAUCCUGCCUCCUUCAUCUUCAGCGUGCCCAGCACAGCCUACGUGGUGCUGACCUGCAUCAACCUCUUCAUCGGCAUUAACGGCAGCGUGGCCACCUUUGUCAUGGAGCUCUUCGACGAUGACAAUGUCUCUCACAUCAACGACAUAGUGAAGCAAGUGCUUCUGAUCUUCCCACACUUCUGUCUCGGCAGAGGCCUCAUUGACAUGGCUAAGAAUCAGGCGAUGGCCACCUUGUUCACCGUCUUUGGGGAAAACCGUUUUAAGGACCCCCUGAGCUGGGAGAUGGUGGGGAAGAACCUAUGUGCCAUGUCCAUCCAGGGUGCUGUGAUGUUUGCCAUCACACUUCUCAUUCAGUAUAAAUGCUGCUGCAAACCCAGGCUCAUGGUGAGGAACCCGUUCCCUGGGGAGAAAGAGGAUGUCGAUGUAGCUCAGGAACGUGAAAGAGUCCACCAAGGCGGGGAUCAGGGGGACCUCCUGAGGAUCUGUGAUCUGACAAAGGUGUACCCUGGGAAAAAGACCCCUGCUGUUGACAGGAUAUGUGUGGGCAUACCUGCUGCAGAGUGUUUUGGUUUGCUGGGAAUCAAUGGAGCUGGGAAAACCACCACCUUCAAGAUGCUGACGGGAGACAUCCCAGUCUCGGGUGGUGAGGCCUUCCUAAAUGGAUACAGCAUCCGAUCAGAGAUGAGAGAUGUGCAUCAGAACAUGGGCUACUGCCCCCAGUUUGACGCCCUUGACGACCUUCUGACUGGACGAGAGCACCUGCAGUUCUACGCCAGGUUACGAGGGGUUCCAGAAAAGGAGGUGGCCACGGUGGCUGAAUGGGGGAUCCAGAAACUGGGACUGGUCAAAUACUCCAACAAAUCGGCAGGCAUUUACAGCGGCGGGAACAAACGGAAACUGUCUACAGCGAUCGCCCUGAUUGGAUGUCCACCUGUAGUCUUCUUGGAUGAGCCAACCACGGGCAUGGACCCCAAAGCAAGGCGCUUCCUCUGGGACUGCAUCCUGAGUGUCAUCAAAGAGGGACGCUCUGUCAUCCUCACAUCACACAGUAUGGAGGAGUGUGAGGCGCUGUGCACGCGAAUGGCCAUCAUGGUGAAUGGACACUUCAAAUGCCUCGGGAGCAUCCAGCACCUUAAGAGCAGAUUCGGCGAAGGCUACACAGUUGUUGUGAGGGUUGGAGGGUCUCCUCCCGUCUUGACGCCAGUCGAAGAGUUUGUCCAGGAAAACUUCCCCGGCAGCAUCCUGAAGGAGAAGCAUCAUAACACACUGCAGUAUCAGCUCCCGUGCACGGAGGGCGCGUUGGCGAACAUCUUCAGCCACUUCACCAGCCAACAGCAGAGGCUCUGCAUUGAGGACUACUCUGUGUCCCAGACCACUCUGGAUCAAGUCUUCGUCAACUUUGCAAGACAGCAGCAUGAUGAGGAAGAGUCUAAGUCCCAUGAAAACCCAGUGGACACCUCAGAUGAGCUGCCGAUGCAUCUUGUGACAUCGCAGGCGGUGGAGAAGGUUUAAGUGGCGGACGGCCUUCCUUCAGAGCCCCACAACGCUAAGCGUACCUCAGGCUUUAUUCUAUAGAUUUUUUUGUGUGGUCUGUAGUACAUUUGCCUUUGGUCAUAAAGAUUCAAGGGUAAGUUCCACAAAUUCACAAGAAAAGCAUACUCAGAUAUCAUGCAUUUUAACUUCUAAUGUUUACGUAAAUCUAAGCCAUAUUACAUAUCGAGCAGAAAAAAUAUCAGUGAACUUGUCCUUGAUCUCAAAAUUGUAUAAAAAUCUCUUCUAUGUCAAUGCCAAAACAUAAAGCAAUGAAUUUAGCUGUCACAUCUUUUCAUUAGGCCUCUUUUGACUGACAUUAUAUAAUGUGGAUGUGUACUAUUGACAACAUUAUAUAAGCUAAGUUGAACUUUUCAAGACAAACUCAGGUUGUUGCUCAACAACGUGCCUUACGUGUAAUCCAUCCAUCCAUUAUCCAAGCCGCUUAUCCUAAUCAGGGUCACAGAAUGCUGGAGCCUGUCCCAGCAGUCACUGGGAGGCAGGUGGAGAGACACCCUGGACAGGCCGCCAGUCCAUCACAGAGCCGACACAUACACACCAAGGGACAAUUUAGUAUGUCCGAGUCACCUGACCUACAUGUCUUUGGACUGUGGGAGGAAACCGGAGCACCCGGAGGAAACCCACACAGACACAGGGAGAACAUGCAAACUCUACACAGAGGACGAUCCGGGACGACCCCGGGGUUUGAACCCAGGACCUUCUUGCUGUGAGGCAACAGCGCUAACCACUGCACCACCGUGCCGCCCGUUACAUGUAACACAAAGACAAACAUGUCAGCGCUAUUUUAUACUCAGGUACAUACUGCUGAUGUCUGAUUGCAUGCAUAUUCAUGACAAUGUCUCAGUCAGGACUGUUUACUUAAAGAGAUGCAGGUAAUUCAUCAACAAUGAAAUCAAAAGCUCUUUUUGUCAUAUCAGUUAGAUUACGUAGUACCGUCGUAACGCAAAUAAUGCCUCGAUUAGGUCCUCAAAGGCUUUACGGUUUACUUUGAGCUUGAUAUCAUUUGUAUGCUGCACAAUGUCCCCACGUUACUACCUUAUUCUUUGCAGAGAAUAAUGAAUCCUAUUUGUACUGAAUAUUGCU